GAAAGAGGAAUCAACAUGCUUUUUGUGCUGGGUGGGAACGGAACUCAUGCUGGGGCAAAUGUAAUUCACAAAGAGUGCUGUAGAAGAGGGGUAAAGGUGGCUGUUGUUGGGGUCCCCAAAACUAUAGACAAUGAUAUUUUGCUGAUGGACAAAACUUUUGGGUUUGAAACUACUGUUGAGGAAGCACAACGAGCCAUUAAUUCAGCUUACAUCGAGGCACAUAGUGCAUACCAUGGUAUAGGAAUUGUAAAGUUGAUGGGUCGUAGCAGUGGAUUUAUUGCUAUGCAUGCAUCUCUGGCUAGUGGACGAAUCGAUAUAUGCUUGAUACCAGAGGUACCUUUCCAUUUACAUGGUCCUCAUGGUGUUUUGCGGCAUCUGAAAUACCUCAUUGAGACAAAAGGAUCAGCAGUGGUCUGUGUUGCUAAGGGAGUAGGGCAGGUUAGUCAUAGUAUAACAUCAGUUUUUCACUAGUUGAAACAUGAUCAGCUGAUUGGAACUAGUAUAUUUUUUUUCCUUCUGGAUCUAAAUAUUAUGAAACCCCUCCAAAAACAAAAUGCCAGCCAUAUGUUGAGAUUCAACUAGCUAAAAAGAAACAACAAAUUGAUGUUUAUCUUUCUAAGGAUCUAAGUUAGGUAUGUUACAUCAAUGGUUUUGAAGAUACAGUUGGAUCAUUAAAUUUUGAUAGCAUGUUGAGUGUUUUGUUAUGAUUGUCCUGGGA